CUUUUCACACAAUCCUCUAUUUGCCGAAACUGGAGACUUCCAUGGCAGGAAGGUUGAGGGAGGGAUGAGACCUCGUCUUGCAACUGCUUUGGGCACUACCUUGCGCUCAUAUUCUGGCUUCAGUGACGACAUACAGGAAAAGGCUAGGUAGCCAAUCCCGAGCCCAGAAACAGUUCAACCCUCCCCCAACUCGCUCCUCCCCUCCCUUCCGCUGACGUGUCUGGAUCUCGUGUUCCGAAAGGCUAGCACUAGGCGCCAAGCGGUCGGUUUCCUUGGCGACGGAGAGCGCGGGAAUUUUAGGUAGAUUGUAUUUGCGGCUGCGCGGCGGCAGCUGGUGCAGCCCGAGGACCCAGCACCCUUCUGGGGGCUUCGCCGGCAUUUAGGCCUCGGCGCUUGGAAGCACGGAUCUUUUUUCUCGGAGGAAAGUUCACUGGAACUGGAAGAAAUGGAUUUAUCUGCUGUUCGAAUUCAAGAAGUACAACAUGUCCUUCAUGCUAUGGGGAAAAUUUUAGAGUGUCCAAUCUGUUUGGAACUUAUCAAAGAACCUGUUUCCACAAAGUGCGACCACAUAUUUUGCAAAUUUUGUAUGCUGAAACUUCUUAACCAGAAGAAAGGGCCUUCACAAUGUCCUUUGUGUAAGAAUGAGAUAACCAAAAGGAGCCUACAAGGAAGUACAAGGUUUAGUCAGCUUGUUGAAGAGCUGCUGAAAAUCAUUGAUGCUUUUGAACUUGACACCGGAAUGCAGUUUGCAAAAGGUUUUAAUUUUUCAAAACAGAAAAAUAACUUUUCAGAGCAUUUAAAUGAGGAGGCAUCUGUCAUCCAGAGUGUGGGCUACCGAAACCGUGUCGAAAGGCUUCGACGGAUUGAAUCUGGAAAUGCUACGUUGAAGGACAGCCUCAGUGUCCAGCUGUCGAACCUUGGAAUUGUGAGAUCAGUGAAGAAAAAUAGGCAGACCCAACCUCGAAAUAAAUCUGUCUACAUUGAAUUAGAAUCUGAUUCUUCUGAAGAGACAAUAAAUAAUCCAGAUGAUUGCAGUGUGAAAGACCAUAAAUUGUUACAGAUCGCCCCUACAGGAGCUGGAGAUGAAGGCAAGUUGCAUUCGGCAAAAGAGGCUGCUUGUGAGUUUUCUGAGGGCAUAAGAAACAUUGAACAUCAAUGCAGUGAUAAAGAUUUGAACCCCACUGAGAAUCAUGCAACUAAAAGGCAUCCAGAAAAACGUCAGAGUAUUUCUGUUUCAAACGUGCAUGUGGAGCCAUGUGGCACAGAUGCUCAUGCCAGCUCAUUACAGCCUGAGACCAGCAGUUUAUUGCUCACUGAAGACAGAAUGGAUGCAGAAAAGGCUGAAUUUUGUAAUAAAAGCAAACAGUCUGGCAUAGCAGUGAGCCAGCAGAGCAGAUGGGCUGAAAGUAAAGAAACGUGUAAUGAGAGGCGGGUUCCCAGCACUGGGGAAAAGGUAGAUGCAAACGCUGAUUCCCUCUGUGGGGGAAAGAAGUGGGCUCAUCCGAAAAGUCUGUGCCCUGAGAAUUCUGGAGCUACCACCGAUGUUCCUUGGAUAACACUAAAUAGCAGCAUUAAGAAAGUUAAUGAGUGGUUUUCCAGAACUGGUGAAAUGUUAACUUCUGACGGCGCGUCUGACAGGGAUGAGUCAAAUGCUAAAGCAGCUGUUGUGUUGGAAGUUUCAAAUGAAGUAGAUGAAUGUUUCAGUUCUUCCAAGAAAAUAGACUUAGCAGCCCCUGAUUCCCUUAAUGCUUUAAUGUGUAAAAGUGGAAGAGACUUAUCCAAACCAGUAGAGAAUAAUACUAACGAUAAAAUAUUUGGGAAAACCUAUCAGAGAAAGGGAAGCCGCCCUCCCUUGAACCAUGUGACUGAAAUUAUAGGGACGUUUACUAAAGAACCACAGAUAACACAAGAGCAGCCCUUCACAAAUAAAUUAAAACGAAAAAGAAGUACAUGCCUUCAACCUGAGGACUUCAUCAAGAAAGCAGAUUUAGCAGUUGUUCAAAGGACUCCUGAAAAUAUGAAUCAGGGAACUAACCAAAUGGAGCCAAAUGACCAAGCAAUGAGUAUUACCAGUGACUAUCAGGAGAACAAAAUAACAGGUAAUAAUCUCCAGGAAGAGAAAAACGCUUAUCCAAUAGAAUCAUUGAAAAAGGAACCUGCUUUCACAGCUAAAGCCAAAUCUUUAAGCAACAGUAUAAGUGAUUUGGAGGUAGAGUUAAAUGUCCACAGUUCAAAAGCACCUAAGAAAAAUAGGCUGAAGCGGAAGUCUUCUACCAGGUGUGUUCUUCCACUUGAACCAAUCAGUAGAAAUCCAAGUUUACCUACUUGUGCUGAACUUCAAAUCGAUAGUUGUGGUAGCAGUGAAGAAAAGAAAAACAAUUCCAACCAAACGCCGGCCAGGCACAGUAGAGAGCCUCAGCUCAUCAAAGACACUGAACCUGCAGCUGAUGCCAAGAAGUACGAGCCAAAUGAACACAAAAAGAAGAGAAGUGCCAGCGAUGCUCUCCCAGAAGAGAAAUUAAUGAACAAAGCUGGUUUAUUAACUAGCUGUUCAAGUCCUAGAAAACCUCAAGGACCUGUCAAUCCUAGCCCUCAGAGAAAAGGAAUAGAGCAACUUGAAACAUGCCAAGUGCCUGAUAAUACCAAAGAACUCAGGGACCUAGUCCUGGGGGGGGAGCCCAGUGGCAAACCUACCGAGCAAUCUGAGGAGAGCACUAGUGUGUCCUUGGUACCUGACACUGACUACGACACUCAGAACAGUGUCUCAGUCCUGGAAGCUAGCACUGUCAGAUACACAAGAACAGAGUCCGCUCAGUGUAUGACUCAGUUUGUCGCAAGUGUAAACCCCAAGGAACUUGUCCAUGGUUCUAACAAUGCUGGAAGUGGCACAGAGUGCUUCAAGCACCCGUUGAGACACGAGCUUAACCAUAGUCAGGAGACAACAGAAAUGGAAGACAGUGAACUUGAUACUCAGUAUUUGCAGAAUACAUUUCAAGUUUCAAAGCGUCAGUCAUUUGCUUUAUUUUCAAAACCUAGAAGUCCCCAAAAGGACUGUGCUCACUCUGUGCCCUCAAGGGAACCGAGUCCAAAGUUGACUUCUAAAGGUACAGAAAAAGAACAUCAGGAACAAGAAGAGUCUGAAAUCAGUCAUGUACAGGUAGUUACGGCCACGGUGGGCUUACCUGUGCCCUGUCAGGAAGGUAAGCCAGAUGCUGAUAUACCGUGUGCUGGAGUUUCUGGGCUUUGUCCAUCAUCUCAUUACAGAAGCAGUGAGAAUGGACUCAGCACCACAGGUAAAGCUGGAAUUUCACAAAACUCACAUUUUAAACAAUCAGUUUCUCCCAUCAGGUCAUCUAUAAAAACUGACAAUAGGAAACUUCUGACAGAGGAACGAUUUGAGAAACAUACAUCAUCAACUGAAAAGGCAAUGGGAAAUGAGACUAUUGUUCAAAGUACAGUACACACAAUUAGCCAGAAUAACAGAAACAAUGCUUGUCGAGAAGCCAGCUUGGACAGUAUUGAUGAAGUAUGUUCCACUGGUGAAUACUUCCGGGGACAACUAGGUAGAAACAGAGGGCCCAAGGUAAACACUAUGCUUCCAUUUGAUAGUACACAACCUGGUGUCUGUAAGCAAAGUGUUUCUGCAAGUGAUAAGUAUCUUGAGAUAAAAAAGCAGGAGGGUGAGACUGUUGGUGCAGACUUCUCUCCGUGUCUGUUCUCAGAUCACCUUGAACAACCUAUGAGAAGUGGCAAGAUUUUUCAGGUUUGCUCUGAGACACCUGAUGACCUGUUGGAUGAUGUUGAAAUACGUGAAAGUACUAGCUUUGGUGAAGGGGACAUAAUGGAGAGGUCUGCUGUCUUUAACGGAAGUGUCCUGAGAAGAGAGUCCAGUAGGAGCCCUAGCCCUGUAACCCAUGCAUUGAUGUCACGGAGUCUCCACAAAGGGUCUAGGAAAUUAGAAUCCUCAGAAGAGAGUGACUCUAGUGAGGAUGAAGAUCUUCCCUGCUUCCAACACUUACUGAGCAGAACAAGCAAAACACCUGAACUUACCAGAUGCAGCAAUGUUGUGACACAGCGUAUGUCAGAGAAAGCAGAGGGGACCCAAGCACCAUGGAAGGGUAGCAUCAGUGACUGCAAUAAUGAGGUGAUCCUGAUAGAAGAACAUCAGUUUAGUGAGGAUCCAAAAUGCUCUGGCAGCAUGUUCUCUUCACAGUACAGUGCUGCCCAAGGUUCACCUGCAAAUGCAAACUCCCAGGAUGCCAAUUUUAAUCCACAUUCCAAACAAAGGAGUCGCCAGUCUGAGAAUGAGGAAGCUUUCUUAAGUGACAAGGAAUUGAUUUCAGAUAAUGAGGAAAUGGCAGCUUGCGUAGAAGAGGAUAACGACCAAGAGGAUAGUAUAAUCCCAGAUUCAGAGGCAUCUGGAUACGCGAGUGAAACAAACCUUUCUGAAGACUGCUCACAGAGUGAUAUUUUAACCACUCAGCAGAGGGCGACCAUGAAAGAUAACCUGAUAAAGCUGCAGCAGGAAAUGGCUCACCUGGAAGCUGUGCUGGAGCAGCAUGGGAACCAGCCUUCUGGUCACUCCCCUUCCCUACUACCUGACCCUUGUGCCCUGGAAGACCUGCCAGAUCUGGAACAAAACAUGUCAGGAACAGCAAUUUUAACUUCAAAGAACAUUAAUGAGAAUCAUGUAAGCCAGAAUCUGAAGAGCGCUUGUGAUGCCAAAUUCCGUCCACAACAUCCGGAUGGUCCCACCAGUAGAGAUAAGGAGUCAGGCAUGGGAAGACCCCAUGCAGCCACCAGACAGGCAUCAGGCUGUAAGAAGCCACAGGACCCCGCUCCAGGGGUGGGGGAGGCGCAGUCUGAGGUCCCUGCAGAACUGCUUGGAGCUGGCUCGGAGGCCAAGACCGGCAGGUUCUCAAUCUUGGGCACCACAGACCACAGAAGAGCUGAGAACAGUGUGGGCCCACAGGCAGGGCUUCUGGCGGAAGUUGAAUUUGUCUUCCUUGCAGAAGGAACCCCAUACCUGGAAUCUGGAAUCAGCCUUUUCUCUAGUAGAGACCCCAAAUCUGACUCCCCUAGAGAGCCAGCCCGUGUUUGCACCACACCAGGUUCAACCUCUGCACUGAAAAUACUCCACGGUCAAGUUGCCGAGUCUCUCUGGAGUCCAGCUGCUGCUAGUGCUGAUGCUGCAGUGGUUGGAACCGUGACAUCUUCAAAAGAAAGAGCAGCUAGAGAAAUAUCCAUGGUGGUGUCAGGCUUGACUCCCAAAGAAAUAAUGAUUGUGCAAAAGUUCGCCGAGAAAUACCGCCUCACUUUAACUGAUACGGUCACUGAGGAGACUACACAUGUAAUUAUAAAAACAGAUGCUGAGUUUGUGUGUGAACGGACACUGAAAUAUUUUCUGGGCAUUGCAGGAGGAAAGUGGAUAGUUAGCUAUAAGUGGGUGAUCCAGUCUAUCCAAGAAAGAAAACUUCUCAAUGUGCAUGAAUUUGAAGUCAAAGGAGAUGUUGUGACUGGAAGAAAUCACCACGGUCCAAAGCGAUCCAGAGAAUCCCAGGAAAAGCUCUUCAAGGGCCUACAGGUCUAUUGUUGUGAGCCCUUCACCAACAUGCCCAAAGAUGUGCUGGAGAGGCUGCUGCAGCUGUGCGGGGCUUCCGUGGUGAAGGAGCUUCCACUGCUCACCCCUGACACAAGUGUUCAUCCAGUUGUGAUCGUGCAGCCAAGUGCCUGGACAGAGGACAGCGACUACCCUGAUAUUGGGCAGCUGUGCAAGGCUCGUCUAGUGAUGUGGGACUGGGUGUUGGACAGUAUAUCCGUCUACCGGUGUCAGGAUCUGGGUGCCUACCUGGUACAGAAUAUCACCUGUGGCCCUGAUAGUUGCAGGCCACAAGACUCCAAUGAUUAAUUUAAGUCCGGAAGCAUCUCUCUUUGGUACUUCCAUACCCUACUUUACUAAGUAUUUUUCAUGCAUCAGCCUGGAAAAAACAGCUUCUACUAGGUGCCUUAAAGUUUUUCUAAUUAAGUCCCCCUUUGAAAUCCGUCUUGAGCAUAAAAAGUUCUCACCUAGAAAACUUUAUCCCACCAAUUGAGCAAGAUGCUAAUCCGUUGUAUAUCGUUCUUGGAGAGACAGUAGAGUGGCUUGGCCGGUCUGAGCUAGGCAUGGUGGUGCUUGCCUAUAAUCACAGCACUUGGUGGAAAAAGACGGGAGUGUCGUGAGUUCAGAGCCAGCCUGGGCUAUAUACGACUGAAGAACAAAUAGCUAGUGGUCCUAAUUUGUUCCUUAUAAAAUCGCAUGUUCAUAAAGGCCAAGAGUCAAGUCCUUCAGGGCUUGAGACCUGUGAUUAGACGUAAAAUCAGUGCUCCUCGGGGCUCCAGGUGUAAUACCCAGCACCAAACAACACCUAGAAUAGCACUGUGCAGGACACCGAGAAAAUUCAGAGGCAGAUUAUGUAUUUGAUGUGAAUGAAGUUUUUCAAGUGCCAGGGUCAAGGAGAGCCUUCUAAUUCCCCAUAACCGAUGAGCAACAUGUCUGUUGUAAUAGUUCUAAGUAACCCAUUCCUCUUAAAAUACAAGGACUCUGAUACAAAUAUUCCAUGUGUGUACAAUGAUGGACUUCACCAGAAAAGGAGCUGUUGCUUUUUUUGGAGUAAUCUCUUCCCUUUUGCUCCCUGUUGCUGAACCAUACUACUUCAUAAAUAAUUUUGCUUGCUGAAGGAAGAGAACAUAUUUUUCAUGAACUCCUAAUCUUGGCCUGUUUAUGGAUAUUGAGAGGAGUAGGUCUUCUCUGGCCCCCUAGUGUGCAAGAGCAGUGGAGACCUGAUUUUACAAAGUAUGUUCAUAAAUGCUGUGCUGUUAAUACUGCAAAUAAACUGAAUAGCAAACA